GUUACUUUAGGACGUCUAUAGGUGCAGCCCUCUCUGUCGGAUGUUAUAUCAAUGCAAAACCCUCACCGCUUGGAGAUACCGGGAUGCGUGCGGAUGUAUCUGAGAGGGAUAACGUGGACUUUUCCUCAAACUUAUAACAACCACCUCUCAGCCUCUAAGUUGGGAGGUUUGUGAAACUUUUUUUUGAAUGAGUGUCGCGCAGCUGUUGGCACAUCUGGACUCUGGCUGUGUGAGCUGUCAAGCCCUGCGCUUACCACGACCUGACCGACCACUUUUUCUUUCUUCUUAUUCAUAUAUAUUUUUAAACUAAUUUAUUAUUUUUUAUCGCCCAAAUUUAACGGCAGAAUAUUGGAAAGGUCUGCAUUAAUCUCUGCAACUUUUGUUUUUUAAAACUCUCAUUUCUAUCACGAGGCACAAAAAUGGAGCACUCAGUCCUCAGGUUGACAUGCGUCUUUGUGGUUAUCUGUCUCUUGGAUAAAAGGGUGGAAUCCAACGAAAUUCUGGGCCUGAAGCUCCCAAAUGUAGAACCAAUCUUGAAUGCCAACACAGUGUGUCUGACACUGCCAGGCUUGACACGGCGCCAGCUCGAGGUGUGCAUGCGUAAUCCGGAUGUGACAGCCUCAGCAAUCCAGGGAAUCCAGAUUGCCAUCCAUGAGUGUCAGCACCAGUUCAGAGGGCACCGCUGGAACUGCUCAAGCCUCGAGACCAGAAACAAAAUACCCUACGACAGCAUCGUUUUUAAAAGAGGUUUCAGAGAAAGUGCCUUUGCGUAUGCUAUUGCAGCAGCUGGCGUGGUCCAUGCAGUGGCUAACGCUUGCUCCAUGGGGAAACUGAAAGCAUGCGGCUGCGACGAGAAUCGCCGCGGGGACGAGGAAGCCUUCCGCAACAAACUGCACCGCUUGCAACUGGAGGCCAUCCACAGAGGGAAGGGUAUGGUUCACGGUGUCAUGGAGCACUUUCCUGCCGAUCUGCCGGGCCCCCAGGACUCCUGGGAGUGGGGUGGCUGCAGCCCCGAUGUAGAAUUUGGAGAGAAGUUCUCACGGGACUUCUUGGAUGCCCGAGAGACCUACAAAGACAUCCAUGCUCGUAUGAGGCUCCAUAAUAACAGAGUUGGGAGGCAGGUGGUGCUUGACCACAUGAGAAGGAAAUGCAAGUGCCACGGAACGUCGGGGAGCUGCCAGCUGAAGACCUGUUGGCAGGUCACGCCCGAGUUCCGAGUGGUGGGCUCAAUCCUCAAAGAGCGGUUCCACGCCGCCACACUCAUCAAGGCUCACAACCGGAACACUGGACAACUGGACCACUCCCACCAUAACCAUUAUAACCACCACAACCAUCCCCACCAUCACCAUCAUCACCACAACCAUCACCAUACGCAUCGGCGGCGGCCCAGCAUCAACGAAUUAGUGUAUUUUGAAAAGUCACCAGAUUUUUGUGAGCGGGACCUGGGCUCGGACUCAGCGGGAACGCAGGGCCGGAUCUGUAACAAAACCAGCCCCGGCAUGGACAACUGUAAGAGCCUGUGCUGCGGGAGGGGCCACAACAUUCUUCAGCAGACACGAAGCGAACGUUGCAACUGCAAGUUUCACUGGUGCUGCUAUGUGGUCUGUGAAGAGUGCAGGAUAACAGAAUGGGUCAGUGUCUGUAAAUGAAGAAACUACAACAUCAAAGAAAGAAAAAGAGACAUUGAGCUGAUAAGAGACAGACUAAUACCUUAAUGGUGGAAUAACUGUAAUAUACAUGUCCUACAUUUUAUUAUGGCGGUGGACUGCAGUUUUUCUUUGCAGAAACCAUUUACAAGGACAGAGUGUAAAGCAGUUGAGCCAGCAGAAAGAUAGAUUUGUAUGCCGGUAAUGAGUGUUCACAUGCAGGAUACGUCUAAAGCUGCCACAACUCAGAGGCAUGUACAGGAUGCCUUCCACUUGAGACUGAGGAACAUAGUUGUAUCAGACCUAAUAGAAAAAAAGAAAAGAAAAAAGGAAAAAAAAAUCUUAUGUACAGCUACACUAUAUUCAAGUGAGCAAAGAGGAACUUGAAAGUAAGCAUUAAAUUGCAAAGAGAAAGAAAAUGAAAUUGCUUUAUAGCCACAGCAAAGUCAAAUCUGCAUGAUACUUAAAUAUUGGAUUCAGGUCAUAUGUCAAAUAGAAGUGUCUUGAGCAUUAAUGCCAUGAAUUACAAUACAGCAUAAAUCCAACCAUGUUAGACAGCAUUUGCAAUAUCCUCCAUCUACCAAAGACAAAGACAAAUGUAGAACUUUACACACAGGAUUUGAAACAUAAUACAAUAUCUGCGAUGGACUGGAUGUUGCCCCGCCUGACAUCCGAAAAGUGCUGGGAUAGGCUCCAGCAGAUUCUCAUGACCCUAAAUACAGUAGGUCGAAGCGGGUAUGGAUGAUGGAUGGAUGGAUAAUACAAUAUUUGAGCAUUUAUAAUUGUUGGGUCUCGUUCAAUUCAAUUUCAAUUCAAUGUUAUUUAUAUAGUGUCUAUUACAACUGUUGUCUUUAGGCGCUUUCCAGAGACCCAGAACAUGACCCCCAAGCAAUUAUUACAUAAGCAAUGGCAGGUAAAAACUCCCCUAGUUGUAGAAAAGCCUUAAACCAAACAGUGGCAAGGAAAAACUCCCCUUUCGGAGGGAAGAAACCUUGAGCAGGGCCAGGCUGAACCCUCCUGCCAAAGGAGCGUUCAAGAGCAAUUACAAAUAUAUUUUAAUGUAUUUAAUUAUAACAGCUAUCAUGUUGCAUAUUGAAUACAGUAUUGAUGAAGAGUAUGUGAACGCCUUGGAAUUAACUGGUUUUCUUCAUUACCAUUAAAACUGAUCUGAUCUGCAUCUAAGUCACAGUAAUUGGCAAAUACAAUAUGCUUAAAUGAUAACGGGUAACAAAUACAUAUAACAUCUUGUGUCUUUAUUUGGCAAACUCUUCAAAUAGUUACAUUCCUGAAGGGAGAAAAUGAGCGAACCCUUGGAGUUUAUCACUGGCCGAGCCUCCUAUGACAGGUCAUUCCACAGCAUCUCUAAGGGUUGGGCUCUGGCUGGGACUCUCCAAAAAGCAGAUUUACCUUUUCAGAAGCCAUUGCCACCCUGACAAUAUCUUGUAGUUUGCUUUGAUAAACUUUAUUUAUUAAAAUGUAUUUUCCCCUCAAUGCUGGAAUGACUGUAAUGUAUAUUACCUAAUCUUUUUUUUUAUUUAAUGACAGACUGCAGUUUUUCUUUGCAGAAAAUGAUGCUCCUGGAAUGAUUUAAUCUUUGUUUUAUUAUUCCUCAAAAUAUUUUCUUAGAGUUAUUGCAAGUCACCCAAAUGUCCUUUGGCAAACUACAGGCAGACAAUGAUGUUUUUUUUAGUUUAGUUUUAUUUAUUAUUUUGGUGAUGAGCACAUUUGUCCAUGUUGUUCUCCCAUGUGGAUACAUGUUCAAUGACUUUUUUGUGGUAGACCUCUUCUAUACAUUUUUGAAUAUUCUGCAUUGAACCUGUGGAGUCAUCUUGACGGGGCACCCACGUCUAGAAAGAGUCUAAGCUCUCUCGGUUUAUAGACAAUUAUAGCAAAAUGUGGACUGGUGGAUGCUUAAAUGCUUUGAGAUUAUUUUGUAUCCUCUUCCAGGGUUAUGCAGAUCAGCUACUCUCAGUUGUAUCUCUCCACAGAUCUCAUUUUGCGAGGCAUGGUUCACAUCAGCAGCUGCUUCUAGACCAAACCUGUGAGGUUUGGGUGCCUUCUAUCAAUCAAAGAAGUUAGAAACCACAGUUGAACUCCAAGUGUACAAACUACUGACCCCAAAUAACUUUCAUUGAAAUAAUUAUUCUGACUUCACUUACUAUUUCUGCCAACAUUGUGAAUAUUUAAUGGAUGUCAUCAGACACAAGACGCAACAAGUUAAACUAUCAGUGUGUUAUUGGCUUAAACACAUUGUCUUUGUCUAUAACUGGGACUUAGAUGAAAAACAGAUACAAUUUCAUUGAAAAGUCAUGUAGAAAACCAGUUAUUUCCUCAAGGUUCACAUGAUAUUUUCUUGCCACUGUACAGCAGAUCAUGUUUGUAGAUAUGAGUACGUUGUUAGUAGAAAAGUGUAACAAAAAAUCCUUUAAAGACUUCCCGUAAAGAACAAAGGCACUCAUUUCAAUAAGGAAAAAAUAUGUGUUGAACAUAAACGCACAGAUUUGACAGGACUGAUUAAUUGACAUGGUUACAUCAGUAGUCCAAGUUUUUAUUAGGAGCAGUGACUGAAAUUAAAGUCAGAUAAGACAGCGAUCUGAAGCUCAGAUUGUAAGUGAUGUUUCCUUAAAAAAUCUUAUUCUAUGAAAUGGAGGAUGUGAAAUAAGCUUAAAUCAGUUUGAGACUAAGUAAAAAUAGAAACCACUGAUACACAGUAGCAUCAUAUUUUGUAUCCGUGCAAGAUUCACUGUUUUGAGAAACCACUGAGACACAAGCUUGUACCACUAUUUUCACACCCUUAACACAACACACCACAGAUACAUGUUCCUGAAUUAAGUUAUUGCUCACAUGACAUGUGUGGUCUUGUGUGAUGUGACACGUGACAUAAAAAGGACCAUCAGUGCACAGUAGAUGCUCAAUUCACAAGUUCACUUUUCAUCUGAUCUGAAAAAGACUGUAAAUAUUAAUGAGUAAUACUGCACAAAGGCCAUCAAUAACAUUUAAAUGCCUCAGGAAACUGAGCGCACAUGAACAAGCUCCAGUUGCACGCAAUAUAAACAUCCUAAAGUGACAUCAAUCAAAGUGUUUCCUGUUUCGUGAUGCAACGUGUUCUGUGCAACACUGUAAGCUUCUUGUUAUAUGUCCACGCUCACCCUUUUCACAAUUCUUUGAUAUGUACAACAGGAAUAUUCUGAAGUCAUCUUCAAAGUAUAUAAAGAAGAAUGUUAUGGAUCUGCCAAUGUCCAAUCAUACGACCUUAUUUGGUCACAAGAAACUUGUAUGAGAAAGGCUUCUUAUCAGUGUAAUUUAUUUCAAGUUUCCUUGUUGAAAGCAGAAGAAGAUAAAAAAAACAGGUCUGGGAUUAUAUUUCCAGUGCAACUGAUCAUUUUGAUUCUGAUAAGUAGUUUGCACAUACUGAACUGUGUCCAGGAAAUCUCCGGGAAGAUAUCAGCAAUAUGCCUUUUUUCUUGUGUUAAGUGUAUUGUAUGUUCGUAUUUGUAUGUUUUAAUAUGGUUAUUAUCUAAGUUAUUUUAUUUUUGUGGAUAACUUAAUAUUUGUAAGACAAUAAAG